AUGCAAGUUCCGGAAAAGAAAGAGGACCUAGAAUUUCAAGUUGGAAGAUAUGAGGCCAAGUUGUUGUGGAGGACUGAUACCAGAGAAUUAGAGAACAACUUUAAUCUGGCCAAAAGGCGAUUCGACGAAUUGGAAAAGGGGUUCAAUAAAAAUGAAUGGAUAGCUAGUGCGUAUCGCGAAGCAUUUAGGGAUCAGGAAACUAAUGGAAUAAUUGAAGAAUGUGGUAGGGAUAGGAAUGAAUAUUUCAUGCCUCAUAGAGCAGUGAUCAGAGCGGAUAAGGAAAUAACUAAAGUUCGCGUGGUUUUCAAUUGUGGCUCCAAAUCUGGACAAAACUUGUCACUUAACGAUUGUUUAGAGGCUGGUCCGAAUUUGAAUCUCUUGAAUGAAUUUCUUGAGGUAAUAAUGAAAUUUUGGAGAUUUAAGGUUGCAUUUCAUGGGGACAUAGAAAAGGAAUUUUUAAUGAUAGGAAUUGGUCCUAAAGAUCGUAAAUUUUUGAAAUUUCUUUGGAAUGGAGGUAGUAAUCACGAGGACUAUAGGAUUAUGCAGAUGACUAGAUUACCCUUCGGAUUCAGAACUUCUCCGUUUAUUUUGAGUGCAGUAAUUAAACAUCACAUUGCAAAAUUCGAAGCCGAAAAACCCGAUUUAAUGUCAAUGCUAAAUUCUGGGUUGUAUGUCGAUGAUUUGUAUUUUGGUACGGAUAGUGUGAUGGAAGCGUUUGCGUUAUCAUCAGAUGCUGUGGCAAUUUUGAGAAGUGGUGGGUUUAAGUUGAGAAAAUUAAGGUCCAGCAAUAGUGACUUGAGAGCUUUGUGGGUCAAAAACGCAUUUUGUGAGAGUGAAGAAGAAGGCGGUGAGUUGAAAGUGCUGGGGCUAAAUUGGAACCCCAACAAAGAUGUUUUGUCGUUGGAAGUGAAAGGGUUGGUGGAUAGUUUGGGAGGUUUGAACAAUACCAAGCGUUGUGUUUUACAGACUGCAGAGAGAAUUUUCGAUCCUGUGGGAUUGAUUGCACCCUUUGUAAUAAGAGUUAAGUGUUUAUUGCAAGAGAUCUGGGAAAGGGGUAUGGACUGGGAUGAUGAUUUACCAGAGGAUUUACGACUUAAGUGGAUUACACAUGGCGUAACGAAAUUAGGACGUUAA